CCGCAUUGUAAGUUCCCAGGCCCUCCCUGGUGCUCUAUCCCGGCCGUGCAGCUCUGCGGCUUUGCCCGCGCGCCUCAAGCUUCUCAACCUUGGACUAAGGAAAGAAUCUUAGAAUAAGAGCAAACCAUAUCACUGCUGCUGAGACCUCACCUUUCUGCCCGCAGCUCUGCAGAAGGACUUCCAUCCCUUUGAGAAGAAAGUGGGAUAGUAACACACCCUGUCUUCAUUGGCCUUUAACCUAACUUCUAAUUCCCUGAGCCAACUUUGAUCACAUUUACCAUCUAAACUUUAGCGUUGGCAGGUGUGGACAUCUGAACACCGCCCUCUGGAGCCAGUGUUUUGGGCUGAGGCUGUUGAGAGGGUUCUGAGGACUGAGCAGCCAGGGCUGGCUGUGUGCUGAAGUCACCAUGUCCACCAAGGUCCCCAUUUAUCUGAAACGUGGCAGCCGCAAAGGCAAGAAGGAAAAGCUUCGGGACCUGCUGUCCUCAGACAUGAUUAGCCCACCACUUGGGGACUUCCGUCAUACUAUUCACAUUGGCAGUGGUGGGGGUGAUGACAUGUUUGGGGACAUCUCCUUCCUGCAGGGCAAGUUCCACCUCCUUCCAGGAACGGCAGUGGAGGAGGCCGAGGAGGAUGGCAGCUUCGACCUUCCCUUCCAGUUCACUCGCACUGCCACAGUGUGUGGGCGGCCGCUCCCUGACGGACUGUCACCUCUGCUCAAAAACGCCAUCUCCCUUCCUGUCAUCGGUGGUCCCCAGGCUCUCACCCUGCCCACAGCCCAGGCUCCACCUAAGCCUCCUCGCCUGCACCUGGAGUCCCCACAGUCUUCUCCAAAGUCCUCCCCGCAGGAGGCAGGAAAUGUGGACAUCUGGAGGAUCCCGGAGGCCAGCUCCCCGCACAAUGGCAUGAGCCCAGAGCCAGAGCCAGAAGAGCCUUUCCUGUCCCAUGCCAGCUCCCUGCUGUCUCUCCACGUGGACCUGGGGCCAUCUAUCAUGGAUGACGUCCUCCAGAUCAUGGAUCAGGACCUGGGCCACGUGCAGAUCCCCACAUAGGACCCUUGCUGACCAGACAGGUCACCGAGGCUGUGGUGAUGCCUAGAGACAUCUAUGGACAUGGCCCUGACCUAGGAGUCAGCGUCCUAGAUCCCACCUGUGGGUGCUGGUCAGUGACUGUGUUUUGAGCCUUUUCUUUCCUUCCCUCCUCCCAAUGGACAGAGGACAUCUUUGCUUCCCUCUAACAACAUCCGCAGGGGGCCAUGUCAGAUUUGCCCCAGACAUUCCUGAGCCUCUUAGGUCAUCUGGAGCCCCACUUCCCUCGCUGAAAUGGACUCUACCCCUUUUCCACUGCCCUCCAUCCCAGCAUCAUCGGAUACCCACCCAUCUGUCUUUGUGCCCUGGCCUGGGAGCACAUUGUCCGUAACCAGACAUGGUAUGCCUUGUGUCCUGUCCCAUCCCUUCUCCACAUGACCAGGGGAUUCUGGUUGCAAUAAAACAUGCUGCUGGUGGUGGCUGAGCAUCCUGUCCCCUUGUCCCAGGCUUCCUUCCAAAGGUGGGCCAGUCUCCAUAAGCAAGAAGUUCACAUGAGAAAAGUCCCACCCCAGAAGAUUCCAUAGAGCCUGGGCCUCCCUUCAGGGGGUUGUGCUUAAGUCUGCACCCACAGUGAAAAUGAAACAAGAAUAGUCAGCAUUGUUACUUUGUUGCUAUGACAAAAUGCCUGAUGAAAACAGCGGUUAUCUGGGCUCAGAGGUCCCAGGUACAGUUCUGUCCAUCAGGAAGAAAAAAUCAUGAGAGCAGGAGCUUGAGGCAGCUGGCCACCAUAGUCAGGAAGUGAAACGCAGUGAAUGAGGGUGCUUUGAUCACUUUCUCUUUUAUUCAGUCUGGGACCCCAGCCAUUGGGUGGUGCCACCCACAUUUAGGGGACCCCAGCCCAUUAGGUAGUGCUGCCCACAUUUUGGGGACCCCAGCCCACUGGGUAGUGCUGCCCACAUUUAGGGGACCCCAGUCCAUUGGGUGGUGCUGCCCACAUUUAGGGGCCAGUUUUUUUCUCUGUCAUUAACUAGAUCUAAAAUCUCCUUCACAGACAGCUCCAUGUUUCCAUGAUGAGUCUGACCUUAUUAAGUUGACCACCAAGAUUAACUACCUCACAAACCAAGUAUCAAUGGUGGAUAUUGGACAUUGAUUUAGGUGUUUGGCAGGGAUGAGCUGGAAGGGGCUGAAGAGAUAGCUCAGUAGAUAAGAAUGCUGCUUGUGCCAGGCAGUGGUGAUGUACAGCGCCUUUAAUACCAGCACUUGGGAGGCAGAGGCAAGUGGAUGGAUCUUUGUCAGUUGGAGGCCAGCCUGGUCUACAGGGCAAGGGUCCAAAGCUAGAGAAACAAAAACAAAGGAAGGA